UGCUAAUUUGUCAUCAUGACUUUCUCAUCACCGUGGUACUUUUAAAAACAGCUGCUGACGUACAAUUGGUAUCAGGAGGGGCAUUUACUUUCAUCAUUGGUCAGUUCUAUCAAAGGCUUCAGGAGUGUAACUCCAACAAGUCUGCAGCUGGACAACUUUACCCCCUGCUGCGCUAUCGACAAGCUAAUGAAUACGGAGUAUGGUGGAGGCUUUCUGAAGUUAGAUCAGACUAAAUAACUGCGAAAAAAGGAUACAGAAAGCUGCUGUUUAGAUCUAAUAUCUCCACAGAUAACAUGGGAGGAGUGUGCGUGUGUUAUUCAUGGUCUUGCGGACCGAUGUGGCCACUUUUUAUUAUUCUGGCGACAAUGCCCUGCAUGCUGCACAGCUCCGAGAGUCCUGCAGCUGUGGUGGGCAAAAUGUAUCCACGCGGCAACCACUGGGCAGUAGGUCAUUUGAUGGGAAAGAAGAGCAUCGAGCCGCUGCAGGAGUCAGACGGUGAGCGUGUCUACCUCACUCCCUCAGAAACAGCAGGGGUCACAGAGCGCCUGUUGGAGGCUCUGAUGCAACAAAUGGACCAGAAACCUGCAGACCGGCUGCUUGUGCUGCACAGCGACUGGAGAGAAGAGGACAGAGACAAAUAUCUCAGAGAGAUGUCCAACCUGCUUCUUCUGGCUUUGAAACUCCGAGACAAUGGCUCCACCUGAACGCAAGACGAGCUCCCUCAAAUCAUCAUUAUUUAAACUUGUGCCCUGUAAUCACAUAUUCAUUUAAAGUGUAUAUUUUCUUCUGCUGUAAGAGUACGCUGAAAACCAUAUGCACGUUUAUUUGAUCACUUAUUUAAAAUAUUUUAAUAUGCACAUCAUGCAGCAGUUUGAUUACAGACUGACAUGACAAGGUUAUGAGCUGAGAACGGGGAUUAAAUGUAAUGUUGUGAUAACUG